AGUGUAGAAGUCAGUACGUGACCGCAACUCGAAGUGAGAAGUAGUGGAAAAGUGAGAAACGCAUCGCAAAUACAGCUCAAUGUAAAAUCAGUGUUUGUGUGUGUGUUUGCAUGUGAGCGCUUUUGCAACCCCAAAAACGCGCAUAAAACCACUUUUGGCUCCGCUUGGUAUACACAGGCUAAAAUACGGGCUGACUUGGAAUUCGUUGGGCAGACAAAGCAGACUUUAAUUUGCAAGAAAUGUAUUUUAAAGCAAGCAAACACACAUAACGGGCCAGACAAGUGUAAAUAGGAAGUGAAUAUAAGGAAAAAUAUUUUACAAAUUCUGAAAAGUAUCCGCACAAAAAUGGCAGAUGCUAGAGGACAAUAUCAGAAAUUGCCACCCGGUUGGGAUUGUAAAUAUGAUCAAGCAACAGGAAACUGUUACUACGUAAAUUAUUUUACCAAGGCAAUGCAGUUGGAGGAUCCGCGUGCGCGUUACAAACAGUUGCAGAAUGAGCGCUGCUCCACCGAAUCCAUAGCAAUGCAGCCAGUGCAUGGCUCACCCUAUCAUGUGUAUCCAAGCAACAAUUUGCCAGCAAUGCGUGCUUUUCAGGCCGGCCCUGGCACCAACACAAGUUUGCAUAAUAUGUCCUCCAGUCCUUUGCUGUCUUCGCGUGGAAAUUUGGAGAUAUCACCGCUGCCAUUGCCGCGCUCAUUAUUGACGCAGACGCCGCGCUUAAGUAAUAUGUCACGUCGUUCAACCAUACAGGAGACUUCCUUUACAAAUCCCAUUGACACGGAUGCGGUUGUAAAUAAAAUACAAAACAUGUUUCCCACCGCUAGCGAGGAUCAUAUACGGCUGUUACUUAAAAAGUAUUACAAUCGCGAGGCAGUCGUCAUAAGCGCUUUGCAAGUGGAGAAGCAUCCGGUCACCAUGCCUGGCCCCUAUGUAACACCGCCGGCCCAACGCCAUCUAUACCAUAGCAAUUCAGCUUUUCAUAUGACACCACCAGCGCGCCGCCUGGAUAAGGGCAUGUCUUCACGAAAUGUUGCACAUUUUGGCGGUGUAAAUGGUAGUGUCACUGCUGCUAGUUGCACCACGCGCACAGGUACUCCCACUCCGGGCGGACGUUUUGGUAGUGUCACGAGCGUACAUGGUGGCGUUGGUGGCGGUGGAGGGGGAGGUUAUAUGGCUGCAGCUGCUGCAGCGGCUAUGCCGUUCCAUCAGGGUUCACCGCGAUUCGAACAGUGGCGUAGUUCACCAAAACCGCAUUCGUCACCGAAAAUGAAAUUGAGAUACAUGAAAACCAUUUUCCCCAAAGCCGAUGAAAUGGUACUGCUAGACAUACUAGCCAGCUCCGAUAACAAUGUACAAACCGCAUCUGAGAAACUUAUUUCUAUGGGUUAUACCAAACGUGAUUUUAUACCACCAAAAACCACACAUCGCUUCGAUGCGGCUAAGAAACCCGGCAAUGAGACAAUCAUACCGUUACGCCCGAAGGAGUACACGACCGAGGAAAAGGCAACUAUACACGCCCAGCUGAAGGAGAAAUAUCCACAGAUCGCUGAACGCAUAAUCCUCAUGGCAUUAGAGUCGGUCAACUAUGCUGAAGAUCGUGCCGUGCAAAUUCUCCAUAUUGUGCAGGAAGAGGAUGAGUUGCAGGCCAAGAAACAUUCUGCUGAGGCCGCUGCGUUUACUACUGCUGACGCAGCAGGAGAACCUGAGCUGGUUUUAGGCACGAGUGAGAUGCGUGCAUUGGUUGAUGACGGCGUAGCUGAGGAUGGAGCUUUGCAACAAGCUUCCGCCGAUGAUGGGGCCAAUUUCAAGCAGCGUCAGGAGUUUAAGUCGAUUAUAGGACGUAUUGCCACAACCGGACAUUGCGCAGAUUUGGCCAAAGGCGCGGAUGAGAGUUUAUUGCUCGCUGACUAUGUGACUUGGAAUGGUGCUAAUCCAGACAUGCCGCAGGGCAACAAUCAAAGGCAGUUGGUGCAUGGUCCAGAUGUCGGCAAGUUGAAUGAGUGCAAGUAUAAGGCGGUUGGACGUAAUACGGAGCUUUGCAAAGGUGCACAAAAGGGUUUGGCUAAAGGCAGCAUCUACGCACAACUCGCUGCAACUGGCAAUACGAAUACAGCGAACAUUAAAUGCAAUUAGAAGGGCAUGAGAAAGCCACGCACUCGAAUAGCGAAGCAAGGAUAAGGAUAUUUAUUAUAUGUAUGUCUCUGAUAACACCCUACAAGACAGUGCUAAGCACUUUCGACAAAAAUUCCAACACAUUUACAAGUAUUUUAUUAGUCUCUAAUGCAUGCGCAUUAUCAGAAUUGCCAUUCUGCUACACAUUUACAUUUAUACAAUAUUUUUUAAUGGGGAAAUCAAAUAUUUCAUUUGAUAUUCCUUUCCCCUUGUCGGCGUGAAUUCUAUCUCUUUUACCAAUAGCAAUUUCAUAUAAGUGAAAAAAAGAGGUUGUCUGUAAAGUCGGUUUACUGACGAUAGUUUAACGUGACAACGUCAUAAGAAAAUACUGAUGGAAUGGUUGCAUUUUUCAAAAGAAAAUUUUAAUUUUAUUCAAGACACAUUACACACGAAACCCCCCUUUCAUUUCCUACUUUUCCUAUCAUCGUCCUAUUCUCAACAGAGAAAUGGUUCAUUACCAUGCGCACAGGAAGAAGGCAUAUGCAAAUACAAAUAUGUGAAUUUAUAUACAUACGCGCGUAUACAUACAUAUACAUACAUAUAUAUGCUCACUCAAGUAGGAGAGCGCCAGAUGUCGAACGUUGCCGAAUGCGGGGGCCGAUUGUGCUCUUUGUCGUUCAUUCCACGCUUUCGCUUGCAGUUCAAGCAAGGUAACGGCGAUUGAGCAAGAUAACGACACAUUUUUUCGUGCGUGCAGCCGGCUAAAUCGAAUUAUAAGACGUUAUCACGUCAAAAAAUAUCGACUGUACUUUAAAUGGCAAGGCAACUCAUUUGUAUGCUUAUAAUAUGGCUGCUCUGAAAAAAGUACUAGUGUGAAAUUUGGCUAUGCUUGUUGUAUGGUCGCCAUAGCCGAAUGCUUGGCUAACAAUUGAAAAUGCGUGAGUUCGAAACACCGAAUUGAAAUGUAAGAGUUUUCUAAUGAAUACAAAAAAAUAUUGAUUUUAUAUAUUUCUAAAUAAAACAUUUUAUGAUAACGAAAAUGAAGAGUUUUUGUCAUCAGUGCUGAUUACUUUUUGAUAACGAAAAUAAGAAGUUUGAUUAUUCGUGCUGAGAAGCUUGUGAUGACAACAAUGAGGAGUUUAGUUGUCAACAGUUAUUACGUUGUAAGAAUAAAAAUGAUUAGUUGUCUUGCCUUUUAGAGCAUAGUAGAUAUAUUUCUCACUUAUAAGAAAUUGCUAUUGGUAAAUGAGAGGUAGAGGGGAACUUUCCCAUGGCUAGAACGAAAAUGUGUAGUUUAAUGAGGACAGUGAUGAUUAUAUGUAAUAUGAGUGCUUAUAUGAUAGUCAGCUGUCUUGUAGGACACUUACUUGUUUACUUCUACUGUUUAAUUGUGGUUGUGUGCCAAAUGUAGUUAAAACAUUGUACGAAUAUUUACAUGCGCACGGCGUAAAUAUACCUACAUGCGUGCAUAUGUAUAAUUUUUAUUAUUUUGAAAUGUGUUGUAUGUAUUGUAACUUAUUAAGUGUGAGUUGCGCUUUUCGUCCACAAAGUAGUAGUUAUACCCUCUUUUAUUAAUUCUAAAUAUAUUGUGUGUAGUAAUACAAAUAGUUUUAAACCAAAAUUAAACAUCCAACAGUCUCUCUAAGCACCAAUAAACACAAAAAUGAUGACACGUCAAAUGUAAUUUUUAACUAAACAUUCAAAGCAUAGAAAUAACGCGUAAACGCAUUAAAAUUAUUAAAAAAAACGUUUGUGAAAUAUUUUGAAAGAUGUUGUAAUUGAAAUUUGUAGCUCUUUAGCACUUACGAUGUACACAUUAAGAGAAUCCAAAUGGUGUAUAUUUUUUCGAAUAAAAUGGUAUUUUUAAUAAGGACCUGGAA